GUGGUGGUCCCUGCAGCCCGGGCCGUCUCCGCCUUCGCACCGCCCAUUCCCCGCCUCCUGAUUGGCCGCUCCAGGAGUCUCCGGGCCUUCUGCCUUCCGAUGCUGUGGCCCCGCCCAUUUCCCCGGGUCCUUUGAUCACGCGCCUGCCGGCUCUUCCGGGGCCCGGGAGCCAACCGAGGGCGUUCCACUCCGGGCUGCAGCGGCGGGAGGGAGCCCAGUGGAGGCGCCCUCCCGAGGCAGCACUGCCCAUGCUGACUACCCAGCCCUCCAGCUGCCGAUGUCAUGAGUAACACCACAGUGCCCAAUGCCCCCCAGGCCAACAGCGACUCCAUGGUGGGCUAUGUGUUGGGGCCUUUCUUCCUCAUCACCCUGGUCGGGGUGGUGGUGGCUGUGGGUAGACCGGCUUCGCCAUCACCUGCUCCCUAUGUACAGCUAUGACCCUGCUGAGGAGCUGCACGAGGCCGAGCAGGAGCUGCUCUCUGACGUGGGAGACCCCAAGGUGGUACAUGGCUGGCAGAGUGGCUACCAGCACAAGCGGAUGCCCUUGCUGGAUGUCAAGACGUGACCCGAGCCCCUUGCCCUCAUCUUCAGAACCAUGGGGUCCUGGACCCUGCAGCCUGCUGCUUCCCCCCAACUCCCAGCUCACCUUCCUGGGUCUCCACGCCCCCCACCCCCCUGUGCCUGGCAGCACCUGUUCCCUCAGCCCCACAUAGCAGCCAAGCCCCAGUAGCAUCUCACCCCCAGCUAGGCCUUCAGUUUUCUGGGGCCAAAGGGCAGAGCUUCGCCCUCCCUGACCCAGCUGUGGAGCCACUUCUGUGGUGACAGGGCCUGAUGUAUAGUACUCUGUAUGUAUAUUUUGUAAAUAAAAUGUUUUGUGGCUAUA